AUAUUAUUUUCAACAACAGUAAGGUGUUUGAAGUGCUAUUGUUACAUUAAACAUGGUUUACACAACAAUUAAAGCCAUAAAUUAGCUGAGAAGCAUCAGUAAAUCAUCAAAGAUAAUGGAACGUAUUUAUCUGUGCCCCACCGACAAGAAGUAUGCCUGCUCCUGGGAGGGACAAGCUGAAGACAUCUUCGAACACUUUGCCCAAGAACAUGAUGAUUUACUCCUCCAGGAGGACAACGUACUCAAACUAGACAUCAACGAAGGCUCAGAAAACAGACUAAUGUUCUACAAGAACGAAAUCUACUUAAUACAAACCAAAUUCGUUGAAGGCGACUUCAGAAUUUUGUUAAGGUUUUUGGGGUUGACCAAAAUAGCCAACACCAUCACCUACAACGUGGUACUGAGAGCUGAGGACACCAAGGAUGAGAUUACCGACCUGUGCCACAAAGAUGGAGCCAUCGUGGUGAACACCAAAGCCCUCCCCGGCGACAAGGUCGAGUGCACCUUCAACAUAACCGGCCCGGAGGAGUCCGACGACGAACCGACACCAGAGAAAAUCGACGUGGUGGACGAACACGAAGAGCACGACUCCGUGGGUGACCAACUGGACUUCAAGUUCGAGAAGAAGCCCUUCACCAGGACCCAGAGCCUGAACAUAGACCAACGCAGGUGCGGAGUGGUGAAAAGGAACCCCAGUUUGAAUAUAUCCAACACCUCACCCACGCCGGUGUGCUCCAACUGUUCCCUGAAGCUGUUGCCUCCGGUGUACCUGUGCGAGGAGCUGCACGACGUGUGCUCGGACUGCUCGAGGACUCGGACGUGCUGCAGCCUGUGCGACAAGGGGAUCACGCAGGUGCGCAACAAGGAGAUGGAGGAGAAGUGCAGGGAGCUGAUGUACAGGUGCAAGUACUCGUACAAGGGGUGCAUUGAAAGCCAUCCCUAUCAGGACAUCAUCAAGCACGAAACUAAUUGUGCUUUUUGUGACUACACGUGCACCAUCGAGGAUUGUAACUUCAGCGGGUCGCUGGGUAAGAUCAAGGAGCACUUCAGGACGUUGCAUGGGAGUAUUAAGAUGCACGAGGUGCUGAUAGUUAAGUUCCCCAAGAAUUCGACGAUGUUCCUGGCCCACGAGAAGGGGGUGUUCUAUUGUGAGUCCUUCGACAAUCAACAGGCGGGGUUGACUUGGAGGGUGAGGUUUUGCGGACCCAACGGCAGGAAGUAUCACAUGAAGUUGCUGUUCGACAAAGCUAAAGAGGGUAAAUACAUGAUCAAGAAGGAGAAUCAGGUUUACGAGCUGACUCUGACGUGGGAUGAGGCGAAGAAGAUGAAGGUGAAAAACAAGUCACCUACUUUGGAUAUACUGCUGUUUUAAUUAUUUAUUUUAUUCGAAAGUUCACUUUAAAUAUAUUAUUUAUUUUAAUAAAAGAAUUGCCACUUUAUAGAA